GAAGUCUUGAUGUUUACAUUGUUAGCAGUUCUGCGCCCUGCCGAAGCUAACAGCUAACAGGAAUCAGGUGGAUGUUUUUCCCGUCAAGUUUAACUAUUUGGAUGUUUUUAAGGUUAAAUAAAUCUUUUCAGUCAACGUUAAACCGUUUAAAACCGUUGAACCGUUUAUCCGACCUCGCUCCGGUGCUCAGCGUCCGUUAACCGGUCUCUCCCGGGCCAGACUGCCUCCUUUGCCCGGUGCUCAGCGUCUGUUAAUCGGUCUCUCCCGGGCCAGACUGCCUCCUCUGCCCGGUGCUCAGCGUCUGUUAAUCGGUCUCUCCCGGGCCAGACUGCCUCCUCUGCCCGGUGCUCAGCGUCUGUUAACCGGUCUCUCCCGGGCCAGACUGCCUCCUCUGCCCGGUGCUCAGCUUCUGUUAACCGGUCUCUCUCGGGGCAGACUGCCUCCUCUUCCCGGUGCUCAGCGGGAAAUAAGAAGAAGUCUCUCCAGAAACAGAAACGGAGAAAUGCCCAAAAAACAGAAAGCGCAGGUCAAAGGGCAGCCGGCCGCCGGCGGAGCAGCGCAGGCGGAAGCUUCUGGUCCGGUGGCUCGAGACAAAAGCGGAGCUGUCACGGUAACGGUGCACGCCAAGCCCGGCUCCAAACACAGCGCCAUCACAGAGGUUUCUGCAGAGGCGGUGGGAGUCGCCAUCGCGGCGCCUCCGACAGACGGAGAGGCGAACACGGAGCUCGUCCGCUUCCUGGCUCAAGUCCUGGAGCUCAAGAAAAGUCACAUAUCUCUUGACAAGGGCUCCAGGUCCAGAGACAAACUGAUCCGAGUGGACUCUUCUCUCAGUCCGGAGGAGGUGCUGAGGAGGCUCAGACAGGCUGAAGGCUGACAGGAAGGAGGGAGGAGGAGAUGAGGAGGUGCUGAGGAGGCUCAGACAGGCUGCAGGCUGACAGGAAGGAGGGGGGAGGAGAUGAGGAGGGGCUGAGGAGGCUCAGACAGGCUGCAGGCUGACAGGAAGGAGUGAGGAGGAGGAGGUGCUGAGGAGGCUCAGACAGGCUGCAGGCUGACAGGAAGGAGGGGGAGGAGAUGAGGAGGUGCUGAGGAGGCUCAGACAGGCUGCAGGCUGACAGGAAGGAGGGGGGAGGAGAUGAGGAGGUGCUGAGGAGGCUCAGACAGGCUGCAGGCUGACAGGAAGGAGGGGGGAGGAGAUGAGGAGGUGCUGAGGAGGCUCAGACAGGCUGCAGGCUGACAGGAAGGAGGGAGGAGGAGAUGAGGAGGUGCUGAGGAGGCUCAGACAGGCUGCAGGCUGACAGGAAGGAGUGAGGAGGAGGAGGUGCUGAGGAGGCUCAGACAGGCUGCAGGCUGACAGGAAGGAGAAGAGGAGAAUGGAGGUGGAACCACGCUGAGAACCAACCGAGGAUUUUCCCGUCAUUUCAUUUCAACUGCAAAAUAUAGUGAAGAGUUUUAGUGUGAAAACAAACAGACAUUGAAAUGAAGGGCGCUUUGACACACGUAUACACACAUGGGUAGACAAAAUUGGACAAAAACAUUGAAAAAAAGUCAAAAAACAGGACCUAAACACU